AUGGAGGUUCCAGGGGAAGGAGGGGCCCCUGGAGAGGCGGUUAGGGCAGUGGACGACACCUUCAUUUUGCCGUACUUCCUCGACGAGGUACAGAGGCAGGAUCUGCACUCCCCAAGCCCCCUCAGGAGUACAUACAAUCGAGAGCGACGAACUUUGCGGCCGUCAACGUGCAAUAGUUUUGUUGGAGGCAUAUGUAGGCCCCAGGAGCGGCCGCUGGCAGCUGCUGUGCAGAGGAGGCGGAUUACCUCCGCCGCGCAUUCUUUGGGCAACGGCGGAGCAGCUAGCGGGGAUAGUAGAGGAACCUUAAAGCAUGCCGAAUGGUUAAGGACUACUCUUCAGUCGGCUCUCAAGUCCUCGGACACCUUGCCCCUGUUAAACCACUUGCGGGCGUUGACGUCCCGGGUUUUUAGCGAAGACAGACUGUUCAAAACGCAAGCUUCGCUCACCGCCAAGAUCAGCUUACAACAAGCGAAGAUGGGGGUGCCUCAGCUAAUGCAAUCGCUGAGUGCAGAGGAGGCAAUUCGGCUUGCGUGUCGUUUGGCCCAAGAAAACUCGUAUUUGGAGACUUUCGUUUCCACUGACGCCCGGGUACUGCAGAGUGCAGCGCUGGUGAAGGCACAAAGAGAGCGCGCUGAGGCCCUAGAGAGCAACAGGCGGCUGCUGCAGCAGGCGGAAAGGGAUCGGCAGGUUAUCGUAGAGCUGGAGAUGAGGAGCCGCGCAUUCGCCGACGCGUACGCGUGGCUCACCAGUCACAGCAGAAUGAUUCACGCCAAAGACGCCCCUGCACUGGUGGCCUUAUGGCGCAAGAGAGUCGCAGGAGCAGCUGUAGCGGGCAACGGUCCAGUGGUGUCCGACUUCAGUAAGAAUUUGGCUGAGGCCUACGUCGCCGCCGACUCUGAAGAAGACACUGAACCGUCGUCCGAAGACGGAAGUGAAAAGAAGAAGAGGGAAGACCGCUUAAUUGCCGCAGAGCUGCGGGAGGCAGAGGCUGUGAGUGAGGCGCGACAGGCCCAGGCCCGUGCAGCCCUGGCGGAGGCGAGGGCAGCUGCAGCAGAACAGGAGCUUUCCGUUGCAAGGAGCCAGCUGGCGAGACUUACCAGCGCUGCUGCCAGUUCUGCCGCUGCGGCCGCUGCGGCCGCCGCCAUCCCAUCUCCUCCCACAUCUCCUGGAGGGGGGAGACACGAGCAGCUGCAAGCGGCUUUAAGAGAUAGUGAAGAGAGAGCAGCGGCAGCUGAAAACGAAUGCGCUCAGUUGAAGAAGACUGUGGAGACCCUCCAAGCUUCCCUUGACCUCUCAGUCUCAGAGCAACACCGCCUUCAGCACGAACUAGCAGUUGCGGUGGGAGGUGCAGAGGCAAAACUGGCUGCACAGAUAGAACAACACGCAGCGGAACGGGCACAACUGCAAGCGCAGUACUCUCAGGAGGUAGAAAAGGUGAAAGCAUCCGUUCAUGAGGGGGCGACACUCCGGCGAGAGCUCGAGGAGACACGCAAGCGGUGUGCCGACCUAAGUGCUCAGCUGGCGGCAGCAAAACAGAAAGGAAUAGGGGAGGGUCAAACUAAAGCUGCUUUUCCUGGGGGCCUAGCCUCUCCUUCUACUUCUGACAUAUCGACUCUCACCUCGGAACGCGACAGCUACAAGGCCACGGCCUUGCGACUGGAAAUGGAGAUCAAGCGCCUCAGUGCGAGAGCAGCGGAAGCGGCACAACUGGCGGAAGCCGUCGCUGCCCUUGAAGAGAAACUCAAAGCGGGGGAGGAGAUCAAGAGGGCUUACGAGGCCCUGAAGAAGGAAACACAAACGCUCAGGUCUCAACUGAGUGAGCGACUGAGUUCACCCCCCGCAUUGAAGGACCCAGCAGCUUGCAACAAGCAGACUGACAGCACCAUGAUGGAACGGGACACUCUUAGGAGAGAAGUUGAAGCUCUACAGGAACAGCUGUCGAAGCUGCGGGAAGAGGCCAAGUCCGUCAAAACGCUAGAAACGGCCCCACAGAUGCCAUCGGCAACGGGUCGCGAUGACAGCAGCAACACAGAGACAAAACGGACUGCUGCAGAAGUGGAGGAAUUGAUGAAAGAACGGAGUAGCUUGCAGGAAAGAGUGCGGGCCCUGGAAGCAGAAGUCGCAGCUCUUCGCGGUGCUGCAAGAAACCCAGAAAAGGUCCUACCGGUAACCAAGAGUGUUCCAUCCCCUACGUCUAGCUCACCGACUUCACAACCUUCACCAAGCAAAACACCGCCAGCGGCAAGUCCAAAGGGUCAAGGCAUAUCGGUCCCCGUGGAAAAGACACAAACUGCAUUUCCUGCAGUUACAAGGGAAGGAGAUACUGUUGUUCAACCAUCCAGAGCCACAGGCUCCUGUGUUGGUAAAGUGCCCGAAGGGCUGGCGCUACCGAAGGUCCCCAAGGGGCUUCUGACGGCGGUGCCCUCUCCUGAGGGGUCUCCAGCCGCUUUAUCCGAGGCUAAGUCUGGGACUAAGGCUCCGUUGCCGAAGAAAGCCGGGCCUCCAGAAGGUGUCAAGGUGUUACCUGCUGCUACUCCGAAGAUAGUGGCCAUGACCCCAACUGCGGUCCCUUCGUCUCAGCAGCAUCCCCAGCGGCCUAAGUGGGAUGCUGAGGCUGCACGCCUGAAGAAUGCUUCUCCCGCAGUAAGCAAACCGUUGCCAACCUCACCUGUGCAGGAGGCAGGAACAGUGCCGCAUGCUGCCACCUCCCCGGACACCCCUGGUGAAGCAUCUCUUAAGGAACGUCAGGCUGCAGCUAAGGCUAAGGAUGCUGCUGCAGUUACCUUAUCGAAGACCCAGGGGCCCUAUCUGGGGAAGAAAGUAGCUUCUCCACUGCUGUCGAAAUCAGCGAAAGGCUCGUAUCCGGUCCAAGGCUUGAACGCUGCUGGUACACCUUUAGACAGCAAUCCUGCAUCUUCGAAGACGUCAGAACCUCCUGCGAGCAAAACGUCACAUGGUGCGGUGCCGGUCCACGACCCCAAAACGCCCCCUACGGAGUCCGCUAUUUCAGGUGGAGACGAAGCGUCGCCUUCCCCUUCAGCUACUGCUCUUCCCCAAGAUACCGCCGCAGUUAAAUUCUCUGCUGCCUCUGCAGAUGGUGCAAAGAAUGCAGGGGCAGCAUUGCCCAAGACGUUGGCGAAGGCGACGAAGGUCCCGGCGCCGCCGAAGAAGGCGCCGCCUGUGGAGUCCCCAACAGUAAUAGAGGAGGUAUUUUCAGAAGAGGCCAGGCAAAAGCUGGAGAAAGAAGUGGCUGAAUUGCGGGAGCAGUUGGCGGCAAGGGAUGAGCUAAAAAAGGCCUAUCAGACAUUGCAGAAAGAGAACGAGAACUUGCAAUCAAAGCUAAACGCAGUGGGAGCCUUAGGGAAACAAGCCGGGCCUUCGUCCGCAGGUGAUAAAUCUUCAGAGAAGGUUGAAAAGGCUGUCUCAGAUGGGCAACAGGCGGACGUAAUUGCAGCGCUAGAGGCCCAGCUGAGUGUCUUGAGGCCCAAAGCCGCAGCGGCUGAAGAACUCGAGAAGGACAUAAAACGGUUGCAGGGGCAGCUUAGUGCUAAAGAGGAUCUGCGAAAGGCUCACGAAGCUUUGAAAAAGGAGGCGGAAACGCUGAAGGAGCAACUUAGCGAGCUGCAAAGUAAAGCACGUCUACCAGCAGAGCCUGUAAAGCCCACAGCACCUGGUAAGGGGCGAUCACUGGGUGUUGGCGAGCUAGAGGAUGCUCUACGGAAGGGCAGUGAACUACGAGAGAGGGUCCGCGGCCAUGAUGAGGAGGCGUCUGCCGUUUCCGGAUCAUCAACGGAGAACGCUACUGUGCCUUCGACAGCAAAAGAGGCGGUGGCCUCCAUUGGUCCACGGGGACCACGAUCAACUAAGAAGCCGCCGCCGCCGCCGCCGUUGAAGAGAGGGCAGGUUGUUUCAGCGAAGCCUGCUGUUGAGGCAUUGCAGGCUGGCGAUAAUGUAGGGCAGGCAUCAACAGACGAUGUCGGUAAGGAGGUUAUCAGCAAAACUGCGGUUGCUGAAGAGGCAGCAGGUGGUCGAGAAACGGGAGCAACAGAAGCCACUGUUCGGGGCAAAUGCCAGCAGCAAACAAAUGGGAAGCCCUCCGUAGGAAAGGCAUUGAUGGAUCUCACUGCAGGCAAGGAGCCCUCCACUGGCGAGAAGGCUGAGGUAGCAGGGGGGCCUGCCGAGGGAUUACCGAAGAGUGCCAAGAAGGUGCCUACGCCAACUCCAAAGCCUGCGGAAAAAGCCACCAAAGUUCCUCCGCCUCCGAAAAAGGCUCCGCCCGUGGGUGCUACUCCCAUCGAUGGAAGUGAAUUCACAGUGGAGGCGAAGGGCAACCUUGAAAAGGAAAUUGCACGCUUGCGGGAGCAGCUAACAGCUUCAGAGGAGUUAAAAAAAACUCACGAGGCUCUUCAGAAAGAAUUCGAAGCGCUUCAAGGGGAGUUCAAGGCCUUAAAAGCGCAAGCGGCCGCGGGCAUGGUUGAAGGAAAUGCCAAGACUGCUGAAGUCGCAAAUUCGGAGUCACACAAGAUACACCUGCUGCUCGAAGAAAGAAAUUCUCUAAGGGAACGAGUAGCUGUGCUGGAGUCCGACUUGUCAGCCUUUCGGGCAGCAGAACUUCAGGGAGUUGCCAUCCCCACACGUAAGGUCGCAAUUCCCAAAACAAAAGGAAAACUGCCCCCGAAAGUAAAGCCCGGAAUGCCUCCAUUGCCUGCUAAAACGGCUAAACAGGCCAACGCAAAAGCUAUGGAGGUGCAGACAGCAGACGCAACUGGACACAGAAGCAAUGAAAGCCACCAAAACUUAGCAGGUGCGAAGCCGGCGCACGAAGAUAUUGGUGGUGAGGCAAGGCCCAGAUCGCCUCCGAUGACGGGAACAGCUGGGGAGGGCCACCAGGACAAGGCAAGCCUUCUGACUGAGGAGGUAUUGUCCAAGUCCGACGCAGAAACAGAAGAAGGGGACAGCGGGACGGAGACUUCUCCGGCAGAAGAACGCAUUGCCGAGCUGACAGAGCGAUUACACCGGGCCAAACGCCGAGUGCGGAACCUGGUAAUAAAGUGCAACGCCCUUGUGGAAAUGGAAAAGGAACGUGACGCUCUCCGCAGCCGGCUUGAGUCCCUACAGGCAAAACACGAGGCAAUCAGCAAAUUACAUGGCAAAGAAGCUGGAUAUAAGUCAGCAGAACUUCAGGCGAAAAAGUUAGAAGGUGUGAACACCUUGCCCAAGGCGGCUUCUGCUUCAGCCCUCCCCGCUUCUACAUUUGCGUCAACAGUAGCUGAUGAUGUGGAGGGCCUUUCCACUAUGGAAUCUGGUCUUGCAACACAGAGCUCUUCAGCACUUCUAGACGUCCGGCCUCCUGCUGACUGGGCUGCGAAGUAUGAAAAACUCAAGGCACAGAGGGACAAAGUAUACCAAGCGUACAAGGCCCAGAAGGAGCGCAUUAACAGCCUAGAGGAGGAAGAAGCAGCUACCAAGGAGAAACUAGAGAGGGUUGAACGCCUCUAUCGGGAAACACAGGAGGAACUCGAAAUCGCGACAAACCCCCCAAAGCAGCGUGAAGGAACCGAGCCCACAGGUUUAUUGUCCUGGUUAGGUGGGGGCACACAUGAUGAGAAGAAUCCAGAGGAACAGAAGCUGCGGGCGAGACUGGAACUGUUGCAGCAGAGGCUGCAGAAGGCUCAAGCAGAGAACGAAGCUCUCAGCAACAAACUGGCUCAGAUGCGCACAACACCCACAGGGUCUCCACGUGGGGACAAGGCAUCUGGGGGCGAGGCCGCGACUGACGAAUCUCAGAAAAGAGGUUCAAAGCAUUUGUCGCCUGAAGCGACUGCGAAGGAAACGGGAAGUGCUAUGCCGAGUGCGAAGACUCCCUCUAGUCAGCCGCCUGGUCCCAUCGGUGGAGAAGACUCAGAGGGAGAGCGAAAGUCUCUUGAGGAGCUGAAGAUGCAAAUCAAACAGAAGGAUUCCCAAAUAGACGAAUACAAGGCCGAGAUUCUAAAGCUGAAGGCGAGUGCUGUUCCAGCAUCCGGCACAAUAUCUGUAACCUCAGAGCUGGCAAAGAAGGAACAAGAGCUUCAGGUCAAAGCUGCAGAAUUAGAAAAGUUUAGGAACGAGGCACUAAAGAUGGAAACCCUCAUAAAGGAAAAGACUGAGGAGGUGAAGACUCUACAGGCCAAGUUGGAAAUCCUAGAGAGGGAAAAACUGCAAGCACUCAGCGACAACAGCGCCUUGAAGAAAGAGCUCGAGACAGUACAGCAGGAGCUGGACGCUCUAAAGGCCGAACGGUCGGCUCCAGCCCCAGCUAAAGACAAGCCCAAGUCACGGCCUUCAGCAGACCCGACCUCUGCACCCACGAAAACUUUCAAGAGGUCCUCCAGUUUAGCAAAACGGACCCCAGGGCUCCCACCCCCUGCACCCGCUUCAAGGGGUGAUAACUUGAAUGCGGCAGCAAUGGGUGCCAACGAGGCCAGGGAAGAGGAAGCCCAGUCUGUCAGUUCGAAGCCAAUUCAGAAAGUUGUCACAAACCCCACUGGGGACCAGCUAGGAAGACAGGAGGAACGUUCAGAAGUGCAAGAUGGAAAAGAAGAGUCCUCCAAUAAUGAGGGCUCGGGAGCUGAAACUGUUUCAAAGCGAAAACCGAAAAAGGCCUCUGGGGAGGCUGAAGGCGAGCCCAAUUCAAGGAAGGCGCAAAAGGAGGAUAAUGAGGGUAUAAAAAAGAAGAAGAAAAAGAAGAAGAAAGUAGAGGUAUCGGGCGAGACUUCCGCCCAACACUCCGGGGCAGAAAGUAUUGCUGAUCAUGAAGAUGUUGCUGGGGCUGCUGCAGCGACCAGUUCAACCCCUGCAUGGGGAUUCGGGUUGUUUGGAACUGGUGAAGGAACUCCUGAUGCUUCGAAAAAGGAUGCUACCGCAAAGGAAGCUGCAUCUUCUGCUCCUCGCCCGUCUAUUCUCGGGCUAAUUGUUGGAACGAACCCUGCUGAGGAGACCCCGAAGGAAGAUGAAGUCCCUCCGUUGAAACUGUCCACCGUGGAUGGUACGGAUGACCAGAGUGACGGCUCCUCAAGUGACGAUGGCGAGACAGACGGAGGCAUCGCCAGCACAAUUGCUGGUUUCUUUUGGGGUGUCUGA